GGCGAUUGGCCCGAACGCCGGCCAGGGCGCGCGCCGGGACCAAUCGCCGCUCGGCGCGCGCGCGUGCGCGUGGCCCCACCCCCCCAGCGGGCGGAGGCGGGGCGCCAUCAAGAUGGCGGCGCUGGGACGGCUGUUUCUAACCACUCACCAUCCCAGCCUGGUUGCUGUCAGGUGGGCUUCUAAGAAAAGCGGGGGCAGCUCCAAAAACCUCGGUGGCCGCAGCCCGGGGAAACGCUAUGGCUUCAAAAAAGUCGAAGGUGCAUUUGUCCAUGCAGGAAACAUUCUGGCUACGCAGCGCUUGAUCCGCUGGCACCCCGGCGCUCACGUGGGGAUGGGCCGGAACAAGACACUCUAUGCCCUGGAGGAUGGGAUUGUGAGAUACACCAAGGAGGUCUACGUGCCCCCACCCCGCAGCAGCGAGAGCAGGGAUGUGAUCUGCCAGCUGCCCCAAGGAGCAGUCCUUUAUAAAACUUUUAUCAGUGUUGUCCCUACCACAGAGGUAGGAAGCUUCAAACUCGUCACCAUGCUGUGAACCUGCUGUGGCAUAUGGGCACAGAUGGAAAGGACAGACACUGCAGCUGUGCUGGCACCUGAGGACAAGAGUGGCUCUGAAGAUACCAUUUCAGGACUUGGUUUUGUUCCUGAAGUGCUUGUGAUCUGUGUUCAGGCACUGAGAUCACUGGCUGGCAUUUUUAAGAGUGUUUAAUAAAAGCUGUGGGGCAGCUGAAGAUCUUGGCUGCUCAUGGAA